AUGUACGUGUCCGAUGCUCUUGAGUACCUCGGCAAUCAAGAGGCUCACUCGCCUACUGGAGCCUUUGUGAUGGAGGAGGAAAUGCUCAGUAGUCAAGGUAGUCAAAGGAGGCCAGAGGUGUUCGAGCGAGUCGAACAUGAUGAACACGACGACAUCACCUAUGCUCCUGAAAUCCAGUCCGUGGAAAUCCCACCGGAUCAGAUGAGCGAGAACAGCGAAAAUCUACAAGAAUAUUUCGAUCGUGCUGCUGCCGAGAGUGCAUUAGAAGCAAAACUACGUGAAAUGAAGCCCAUAUCCGCUCAGCAGGCAGCACGAGGACAGGCGCCUCACAUUGAAUCCGCUAGUGGACAUCGAGCUAACAGUAAUUCUUCGCUAGCAUCCGGUCGUAGCAAACGUAGCAGCAGUGACGGAUUUCCGAAAAUGGAAUUAUUUGCAAAACCUCAUGAAAACUGUUCAUUUUCAUUUCCUAAUUUCAUUUUUCAGCUGCGGAAACAGUCGUCACUGCUGUCGGUCAUGGGAGUGACGUCGAUGCAAGAGAUAUUGCUUACUAUCGACAGUCUGGAUACGUUAUCAGAUGCUAUGCGGAAGGCUGGACUGGAGAACACCAAUAUGAUUUUCGGUAUCGACUACACAGCCAGUAAUAAAUAUCAAGGUGAAGAUUCGUUUGGUGGACGUUCUUUGCACACAAUUCAUCCCAACAUCACGAAUCCAUAUCAGCAGGUGAUCACAAUUCUUGGGAGAACGUUAGCACCGUUCGCCAGUACUGGUUGUAUUCCUGUAUAUGGAUUUGGUGAUGCAAAAACUGGUGAUUGGAGUGUUUUCCCGUUGAAGCAAGACGGUGAAUGUAGAACUCUUGAAGAAGUGCUUAGGGUUUACAACGACGUCACACCUACCGUCGACCUGAGUGGUCCGACGAAUUUCGCGCCGCUCAUUUACCAAGCAAUGGAGAUCUGCCAAAAAGCAAACGAUUACCACAUCUUGGUAAUCAUCGCGGAUGGCCAGGUAACCAAUGAACGCGCCACACGACGUGCUAUUGUACAAGCUUGUCAAUACCCAUUAUCAAUCAUUGUUGUCGGUGUUGGUGAUGGACCGUGGGAAAUGAUGAGAGUGUUCGACGAGUCUUUGCCGAAACGCCCAUGGGACAAUUUCCAUUUCACGGAGUUCCAUGAGAUUAUGCGACGAGCGUCUGGACCAUCUGAGGGUGAUGUGAAGUUGGCCGUACAGUCGCUGUUGGAAAUUCCCGAUCAAUACCGGUGCAUCUGCGAAUUAGGUCUCCUGAAGAACCGAAAGAUACCACCCCGUGGCUCUGAAAUCCGUAAUGAAAUCUUGUCGAAACAGUCCCACUAG